UAGAAUUUAUUGUACUUUUGUCACUACCAUUGCCUCGUGCAUAGAGUCGUAACAAUGAGGAUCGAGACGUGUUAUUUUUGUUCGUCCAGAAUUUAUCCUGGACAUGGUAUCCAGUUUGUUAGAAACGAUUGCAAGAUUUUUAGAUUUUGUCGAUCAAAAUGCCAUGCCGCAUUCAAAAAGAAGAAGAAUCCAAGGAAGGUUAAAUGGACGAAAGCUUACAGAAAAACGGUUGGAAAAGAAUUGGCAAUCGAUCCGACAUUUGAAUUUGAAAAACGAAGAAACAUUCCCAUUAAGUAUAAUAGAGAGCUUUGGUCAAAGACCGUUCAAGCCAUGAAGACCGUCGAAGCUAUUAGGCAGAGGAGGGUAAAUACGCAUAUUAUGCAGAGAUUAAGAAAAGGACGAGAACUUGAAAAAGAAAGGGAUAUUAAAGAAGUACAAAGAGAUUUAGCUCUCAUACGUUCACCAGCGGCUGGACUUAAACAAAAGAAAUUGGAGGAUGAGGAAGAUGAGAGGAUGGAAGAUAGCGAUACGGAGAUUAAAGCCGAAGCGUUAGAAGUAAACUAAUUUUCUCAAAGAAUCCUGGAAGCAAACAUUGGAUUA